GGCAUCUGCAUCUCUGGGAGUGGUGGACGAAGAAGAAGCAGCAGCAGGAGGAGGAGGCGAAGAAGAAGUUGCCAGCAUGGCGUUUACACUGUACACUCUCAUCCAGACCGCUAUUCUGUGCACUAAUGCAAUCGCUGUGUUGCAUGAGGAGCGGUUUCUCAGCAAGAUCGGCUGGGGUGUUGACCAAGGAGUUGGAGGUUUUGGAGAUGAUCCAGGAGUCAAAGCCCAGGUCCUCAAUCUCAUCCGCUCAGUUCGGACUGUCAUGAGAGUGCCUUUAAUAAUAGUGAAUUCAGCCUGCAUCGUCCUUUUGUUGCUGUUUGGUUAAGCACCUACAUGGAGGCAGAGGACCAGCCGUGUGCCAAGGAAAAACUACGUACACUCAACACAGAUACUCACUGAACUGUGUGUCAUUCGGAGACAUCUGCCUUUGCCAGUCUUCAACAGUGUGGAAAAAAGUUUUCCAUAACAUUUGGAGGAAUAGUAAAAGAAAAAAAGAAAGAAAAAAACCCCACCAAAGUAACCUUCAGAACUGAAACAAAAGAGAAUUCCGUUGCCCUGUAACCCUCCUUUCAGUGUGACACCAAGAGGUAUAACAUAUAAGGUAAUGUCAGCCCAUAGGUCUGUGUUGUGCUGCACAGUGUUUGUCUGCACUUUCAUCAUCACGUCAUCACAGACACAUUGAAGGGAAGUUGUUUCAGUGAUUUCCUGGUGAUAUGUGUCUAAUGUUUUAUUUUAGUCUUACCAAGGAGGAACUUGUUACUUUUAAUAGAUAUGACAAAGGAGUGUUGUCAGCUGCAGGUCUGGAAAGUAUUUCCAGUUUCACUUCCCAUACAGACGAUGGGCAGCAGCCACUCUUCUGUACCAAAACACAUAGCAGUGUAUACACUAUAUGUCUUUUUUAACAUAGGGUCCAGUAACGGUUCUAACCAAGCAAUUUUCCAGAUUAAAAUUUAGGUCAGCAGUGAAAACUUGAGUAAGUGUUCAUAGAUAAUGCUUGGAGAUCAUAAAUAAUGCUUGUGGCUGCUGCUAAAAUCUGUAAUCCUUGUCAGUUGAACAGUUUUCUUUUAAAGCUGUGGACUUCGUAAUGUGGGAUUUAGGAUUUGUAUACACUUUGUCAAAGAGACUGUUACUGUGAGAUUUUCCUCUUGCAGAACUUUGUAAAGACACUUUGCUAGACAGGAGGUGUUGAACAGUUGUUGACUCAUUUGUGACUCAGUGUUUCACAGUCCCAAACUUGAACAAAAAGUUAAAUAUGUGUAAUGUCAUUUUUAAGCAAUGUUGCCAAACACAGCUCAGAAACAAUGUACAUUUGAACUGUUUACACAUCAGUACCUUCUCAGUGUCACAGACAUUGUUGGGAUGGUAUGUUAUCUUGAAAUAAAUGUAUUGUUCAGUGUAAUUAAA